AUGCAUUCCUCAAACCUUAUUAUUCUCUUCACAUUUACUUUUGCAUUCCUUAUGCAAACAUCUUUUGGAACGGACCCACUUUUUCAUUUUUGUUCAAACUCCGGUAAUUUCACUGCCCAAAGUCCAUAUAAAUCAAGCUUGAAAACACUCAUCAACUCACUUAUCUAUGAGACACCUUCAACGGGUUUCGACAAUGAGUCAGUGGGCCUGGCCCAAUACCAAAACCAACAAGUAUAUGGACUAGCUCUUUGUCGUGGCGAUGUAUCAACCUUAGAAUGCAAAACUUGUGUCUCAGAGGCAACUAAAGAAAUCCAACGUCGCUGCCCAUACAAUAAAGGCGCGACCAUAUGGUACGACAAUUGCAUGGUCAAAUACUUAAACAUUGAUUUCUUUGGUAAGAUUGAUAAUACAAGCAAGUUCUCUUUAUUAAAUGUACAAAAUGUUGAUGAUCCUAUCAAAUUCAACAACAUGACUAAGAGCUUAUUGAGCAUACUUGCUUAUGAAGCUUCUAUGCAUCAUAAAUUAUAUGCUAAUGGAGAAUUGAAGAUUGGAGAAUCAGAGAAAAUUUAUGGGUUAACUCAAUGCACUAGAGACCUUUCUAGUGUGGAUUGUAAGAAAUGUCUUGAUGAUGCAAUUAGUGAACUUCCAAAUUGUUGUGAUGGAAAAAAAGGAGGCAGAGUUGUUGGUGGAAGUUGUAACAUUCGAUAUGAAGUUUACCCGUUUGUUAAGGUGUAAACUUAAUUAAGCUAG